CUUGUGUGCGGUACACGUCGUGCGUGCAGUAAGGAAAUAUUGAUCGUUCGGCUACUAGUAUUAUCGGAAGGUAUUUAUUAAAAAGGUAAGUGUUCGGCUAUUAUUGAAAUUCAGAUAUUGUUUGACAUAUAUUUAUUAUCAUUCUUCACCACCCAGUGCAUAUGUGCUUCACCAGUUUAUUUUUCCCGUCGAUUAAUAUAUUAACAAAAUAAUUACACUAUUUCGGGUGGGAUAGGGUAGAGUAGAGUAGAUUAAAAAAACAAUAUAUAUUAAUUUAUUAAAAAUAUACAUUCGUAUUUUCUAAUAAUAUAGAAUAGAAAAAUCGAUAGCGAUUUUUUAUUUAAAACAUUAUAUUAUGUCCUUUUUACAUACGUGCAAAUCAACCUCUAUACACAUAAUAUUAUUAUACAUUAUAAAAAAUAAAUAAACACAUAUGUAUACAUAAAAAAUUGACAAUAUUUUUUCCCCAUCCAGAUGUCUGAGCUAAACGAUGAACCGAACACCGUGGCACUUGCCAUGGCAAUCGAUGCUGCCGAGCAGACCGACAACAAGGACAAUGACAAUGACAAAGACAAGGAGGACGACGACGAGACUAAUGAGAUCGAUAACGCUAUUAAAGCCAGAUUUUAUCGCAGAGCUUUGGAAUUUGCGUUCAAUCGGGUCGAAAAGUUGACUGGGACGCGGGAACCGAACAAAAAAAUGACUGAAUACACGGCACAGUUUCGUAAGAUCGACCAAAUAACGAGUGUGGCACGGCAGAGUGAAGAAUACAAGGAAUUGUUGCGCUACGUGAAUUCUGACAACGUUUUUAUUGGGUUUGAAGAUUCUAACUCGCCAAACGAUCCCAUCCCGCCUGAAGGGUGUGACGAGGAAUUUAAACCCGCGUCUUAAUCGGGGACUUGGCUGUCGUAGUUUCCAAGCGCACCACCCUACCUACCUUAACCCCACCCCGUACUAUGACGCAUUACCCUGCCACGGUCACCCGAAUCGAUACGACGUAUUUGUUUUUCUUUCAUCCUGUUAGGUAGCAACACAAACUGCACACUAUACAUUAUAAUAUUAUCGGCGGCUGUGCUGUUUUGAAAUCUGUGGUCUAUUUUAUAACUUGUGUGUAUAUCAUUUCAAUUUUCGGUAGAUUUUCCACGGUGGAGCGCUAAUAGAACCAACAUAUUAUAUUAUUUUCUGUUAUGGUUUAAAUAUAAUACGUAUAACAUGUUUAAUAAAUGAUUUGUCAAAUUUUUAAUGAUAUUUUUUGUUUAAAAAAAAAA